AUGGCUCCCCUCUACAAGGCCGCAGCAGCAUUUUGCCUCGUCGGGCUGAGUUGGCUCCAGUCCGAGGCUAACGCCGAAACAAAAUAUAAAUAUCAGGCAGCAAAAGUAGACGAAGAUGCCUACUUGACAAUCAAGUUGGCCCGUAAUGGACAAAUUUCAGCUAAGACCAGUUUAGUCGAAAAGGACGCUGCUACCGUCAGCGACUUGGAGGCAAAAGUAAUAGCCAACGAGACUACAAACAACACGUGCGAAGAUUUAAUAACAGGGCACCUUAAGACGAUCUUUUAUCACAGUUUCGAUUACAUAGCAAGUCCAAACUAUCGCACACUGGUGCAAGAAGCUCUGAAUACCGGACUAAGAGAAUUCGGCGAGGAGUACUUCAAGGAGAUUAGUACACGAACAACUGAAUUGAAAAGUAUGACGGAAGAAGACCUGAAGGAUCCUACAGCAACUCCAAACUAUCGCACACUGGUGCAAGAAGCUCUCACGACCGGACUAACAGAAUUCGGCACGACAUAUCCGGCAGACGCAUCGGCGUGGGGAAAGAUAUGGGAUAAGGAAAAUCUUCCCAGCGUGUUGCACCUUCUAGGAGCCAAAAGCACUAAAGUCGGCUGUGUCAUUGGAAACUGUACAAAAACAGCUGGAGAAGAAGCACCAACAAAGUCCGUGCUUUUUUGUGAAUUAAGUCCUGCAGUAGCAGACGACGAAGUCGUUUUUGGCGAGGAGUACUUCAAGGAACUUAGUACACGAAAAACUGAAUUAAAAGAUAUGAAGGAGGAGGAUCUGGAGGAUCCUAUUGUAACCAGCUCUGCAGAUGCUGCAGUUCCCAGCAUUCUAACUGCCGGUUUGGUCGCCAUCCUCGCAGCUAUCUCUGCCUAG